GUUCAGCUGACACAUCAGUUACCACAAUUCAAAGAUUAAAUGCUGUGAAAUAAGUAUAAAUAAUGUGCAGUGGGCACCAGAGUGUGACGAAGUGGGUCCAAAGCUGAAUGAACAGCUGGAGAUCUAAGAAGCCCCAAUGGAAGAGGGAGAGGUGGAGCAGGAUCUUGGCGAGUGGCUAAAGACCUGACAGCCCCUUUGCUCUUGCCCUGUCGGAAGCCAACAUGUCCCUGAAAAAUGAGCCAAGAGUAAACACCUCUGCACUGCAGAAAAUCGCUGCAGACAUGAGUAACUUGAUAGAAAAUCUCGACACGCGGGAGCUGCACUUCGAGGGAGAAGAGGUGGAUUACGAUGUGUCUCCCAGCGAUCCCAAGACACAGGAAGCGUGUAUCCCUUUUUCUGCUAUUUAUAAGACUCAAGGAUUUAAGGAGCCUAACAUACAGACGUAUCUCGCCGGCUGUCCAGUACAAGCCCAAGUCCUGGAAGUGGAGCGCUUCACGUCUACGACGAGGGUACCGAGUAUCAAUCUUUACACUAUUGAACUAACACAUGGGGAAUUUAAGUGGCAAGUUAAGAGGAAGUUCAAACACUUUCAAGAAUUUCACAGAGAGCUGCUCAAGUACAAAGCUUUUAUCCGAAUCCCCAUUCCUACCAGAAGACACACGUUUAGAAGACAGAAUGUCAAAGAAGAGCCUCGAGAGAUGCCAAGUUUGCCCCGUUCAUCUGAAAAUAUGAUCAGAGAAGAACAAUUCUUUGGUAGAAGGAAACAACUGGAAGAUUAUUUGACAAAGUUACUAAAAAUGCCCAUGUAUAGAAACUACCACGCGACAACAGAGUUCCUUGAUAUAAGCCAGCUGUCUUUCAUCCAUGAUUUGGGACCAAAGGGCAUAGAAGGUAUGAUAAUGAAAAGAUCCGGGGGACACAGGAUACCAGGCUUGAAUUGCUGUGGUCAGGGAAGAGCCUGCUACCGCUGGUCCAAAAGGUGGUUGAUAGUGAAAGAUUCAUUUUUACUCUAUAUGAAACCAGACAGCGGUGCCAUUGCCUUUGUCCUGCUGGUAGAUAAAGAAUUCAAAAUUAAGGUCGGGAAGAAGGAGACUGAGACAAAAUAUGGACUCCGAAUUGAUAAUCUUUCAAGGACACUUAUUUUAAAAUGCAACAGCUAUAGGCAUGCUCGGUGGUGGGGAGGAGCUAUAGAGGAAUUCAUCCAGAAACAUGGCACCAACUUUCUCAAAGACCACCGAUUUGGGUCAUAUGCUGCUGUCCAAGAGAAUACUUUAGCUAAAUGGUAUGUUAAUGCCAAAGGGUAUUUUGAAGAUGUGGCAGAUGCUAUGGAAGAAGCAGAAGAAGAGAUUUUUAUCACGGAUUGGUGGUUGAGCCCAGAAAUCUUCCUGAAACGCCCAGUGGUUGAAGGAAAUCGUUGGAGGUUGGACUGCAUUCUUAAACGAAAAGCACAACAGGGAGUGAGAAUCUUUGUAAUGCUCUACAAAGAGGUGGAACUUGCUCUUGGAAUCAACAGUGAAUACAGCAAGAGGACUUUGAUGCAUCUACACCCCAACAUAAAGGUGAUGAGGCACCCAGAUCAUGUGUCAUCCAGCGUGUAUCUGUGGGCUCAUCAUGAGAAAAUUGUGGUCAUCGACCAGUCAGUGGCCUUUGUGGGUGGGAUCGACCUGGCCUAUGGAAGGUGGGAUGAUAACGAACACAGACUCACGGACGUGGGCAGUGUGAAGCGUGUCACCGGAGGACCGUCGUCUCUGGGUUCUUUCACAGCUGAAACAACGGAGUCCAUGGAAUCCCUAAGCCUGAAGAAUGAAAAGGAAUCUAGUAAAAAUGUGCCCACCUCGAAGAGUGUUAAUGAUAUGGAUUCAAAGCUGAAAGGAAUAGGAAAGUCCAGAAAAUUCUCUAAAUUUAGCCUCUACAGGCAGCUCCACAGGCAUCACCUGCACAAUGUAGACAGCAUCAGCAGCAUUGACAGCGCCUCCAGUUAUUGUAAUCACUGUAGAAGUCGUCAGAAUUUAAUCCAUGGUUUAAAACCCCACCUGAAACUCUUUCGCUCUUCCAGUAAGUCUGAGCAGGGGCUCCCUAGACCUGACACGGACACCAGCUCCCUCCGCAGUUUACAGACGGGCAUGGGAGAGCUCCAUGGGGAAACCAGGUUCUGGCAUGGAAAGGACUACUGCAAUUUUGUCUUCAAAGACUGGGUACAACUUGAUAAACCUUUUGCUGAUUUCAUUGACAGAUACUCCACUCCCCGGAUGCCGUGGCACGACAUUGCCUCCGCAGUCCACGGGAAGGCGGCUCGCGACGUGGCGCGUCACUUCAUCCAGCGCUGGAACUUCACGAAGAUCAUGAAAUCAAAAUAUCGGUCUCUUUCAUAUCCUUUCCUGCUUCCAAAAUCUCAAACAACAGCCCAUGAGUUGAAAUAUCAAGUGCCUGGGUCCGUCCAUGCCAAUGUACAGUUGCUCCGUUCCGCUGCUGAUUGGUCGGCUGGUAUAAAGUACCAUGAAGAGUCCAUCCACACUGCUUACAUCAACGUGAUAGAGAACAGCAAACACUAUAUCUAUAUAGAAAACCAGUUUUUCAUAAGUUGUGCUGAUGACAAAGUUGUAUUCAACAAGAUAGGUGAUGCCAUUGCUCAGAGGAUACUGAAAGCUCACAGGGAAGGCCAGAGAUACCGGGUGUAUGUUGUGAUACCACUGCUGCCAGGAUUUGAAGGAGACAUUUCAACCGGUGGAGGAAAUGCUCUGCAGGCAAUAAUGCACUUCAACUACAGGACCAUGUGUAGAGGAGAAAAUUCCAUCCUUGGACAGUUGAAAGCCAAGCUUGGCAAUCAGUGGAUAAAUUACAUAUCAUUCUGUGGCCUUAGAACACAUGCAGAGCUUGAAGGAAACCUAGUCACUGAGCUCAUCUAUGUCCACAGCAAGUUGCUAAUAGCGGAUGACAACACUGUUAUUAUCGGCUCUGCCAACAUCAACGACCGCAGCAUGCUGGGAAGGCGCGACAGCGAAAUGGCUGUGCUUGUGCAGGACACGGAGACGGUCCCUUCGGUCAUGGACGGACAGGCGUACCCCGCUGGCCGCUUCGCCCGAGGCCUCCGGCUGCAGUGCUUCAGGGUUGUCCUUGGCUAUCUUUCUGACCCAAGUGAAAACAUUCAGGAUCCAGUGAGUGACAAAUUCUUCAAGGAGGUGUGGGUUGCAACGGCAGCUCGAAAUGCUACAAUAUAUGAUAAGGUGUUCCGGUGCCUUCCCAAUGAUGAAGUACACAAUUUAAUUCAAUUGAGAGACUUUAUAACCAAGCCCAUAUUAGCAAGGGAAGAUCCCAUUAGAGCUGAGGAAGAACUGAAAAAGAUUCGUGGCUUCUUAGUGCAAUUCCCCUUUUACUUCUUGUCUGAAGAAAGCCUACUGCCUUCCGUUGGGACCAAAGAAGCCAUGGUGCCCACAGAGGUUUGGACCUAAGGGUUGUAUUUGUUUGCAGCUCAAGGACUUCCUCCUUGAAAAAGUACACUGCACACAGUGACUUUAUGGAGAUCCUCACAGCCACAGCCAGCCCUGCCUGAUGCACACUUGUUUCCACCCCGUGGACCCUUUGGGUUGGCCGGGCAGGGCUGCAGUCCUACUGAGAUAAGGACACUGAACAUCAGGUGGGCUUCAUAAUUCCUCCUGUUUAUCCUUGUGAAAAAGGGACCCUAUUCUGAUUGGUAGCAUACGCUCAACAACUUAAACACAUGCUCAGAUUCCACGAUGGACACCGAAGUGCCUUUCCUUUGCUAACAAGAAUUUAUCUAUACCUGUGAUCCAGGUUGCCAAAAAUUGUCAAGACCUCCUUAUUCUUCUCUGACCCUCAUUUAUGCAGCCGAUGACUGCUGGACCUGCCCUCACUUCAUAGUACAUGCAGACACUGUUUGAGACGCUGUGUAUUACUAGAAGGCGUCGUGAUGCUGCUUCCGGGUUCUUCCAGGUGACAUGGGAUGCCCCUGCCCAUCUGGUCCUGAAGUAGUAGUGUUCACCCAACCAAGGAUGUUCCCCUUGCAGUGACCGAAAGGAUGGGGGCAGACAUUCUGUACACAGCAGCCCAUGACAGGCGCGUCUGAUAACAUCGACACUAUAGAUCUUCACACCACAGAGCAACAGGAAGGAAUUAAAUUUGGUUAUUGAGGCAGAGAUUUCACGUUGCCUCCAAAGGCAAUGACAAGCUAUGUUCUUUUGAUAAGGCCCACCCGAUCAAAUUUGAAAACACGUGUUGGAUAUUUCAUUUCACGCCAACUGCUAAAACUCAGAGACAGAGCAUACAGGCUUCAGAAGCCUCCAAGGCAGCCAUGGGGAUCUGACCCAGACAAGAAAAGAAGAUUCCUUGUAGUCGUAUAAAAUUUCCUAUCAUCCUUAGCUUCUGGAUUGAUUGAGAUUUGAAUUUUAACAUUGGAAAAUCAAGCCACUGAAUGCAAGUUGUCUUUCAAGAGACCCAGAGGCUUCAUAACUCCUACCAAUUUAAUAAGUAGGAACCUAACUUUGACAUUCAGCUCUCCAGCUAUGUUACCUUCUUUAAGAAAAAUUAAUGAUUGCAAAGUAUGUGCUACUUAACUGGCAUUAUUAAAUAUGCAUUAACAUUCCACCAGGCUUCCAAAGAAGUUAGGAUCUUCAUUAAUUCACAUCGUCCUAGUCUAUGAAUUGUUCUGGAAACCCAUUUUUUUUUUCCUUUUUGAAUAGUAGUGUACCCUUUGGUACACCAUAGCUCUAAUUUUACUGAGCAGAACUAUUCUGACAGCCUGAAGAGCUGAGGUGGGUUCCCAGAAGGCCCGUGCCCAUGAAACAUGAUGUAGGUGCACCGAUGACACAUGUGUGUAUUACCGGGCACGAAUCUCAUUGGGGUCAUUCCUCAAAAAAGCAAGGACCCAAUCCUUGUUUUCAUAGAGCUUGGGAAACAUUAAACAGGAGCACAAAGUCAAUAAUCGGGUGAAAAAAAAAUAAUCGGGGUGAGUAGGAGAGAGUGUCACACUCAGGAGAGGACUUUGCAGCGAGAGAACCUUUCACAAAUGAGGUAGGACUGUGCUUUAUGAAUAAAUACUUUUUCAGCUGAAGAUGGUGAAAAGACUUCAUUGUAUGGCAGCUGUAAACAAGAUAUUUGCUAUUGAUGAAGUUUAAAUUGGCAUUUAAAGUGUUGAGUGGAUGUGGAAUACCUAAGGAUUUCUUACAGUUUACUUUUAAAUAUUUUUAAAACUAAAACAGUCAACACACUGGCUUUUGAUUUUGUUCAAAAUGCUCUCCUAAUACCAUGAAAAAUAAAAGCCUAAAAGGUCCCCUUCUCUUUUAGAAGAAAAAAAAAUCACUUAAUAUAACCUCUCCCCAUUUUAUAGAUGAGGAAACCGAGGCCCAGGUUGAAGGUCUCACUUGAGUUCAUCCAACUGAGAGAUGGUGGAGGUAGGACUAGUGAAAUUGCUGUGGUCCAUUAGUGGCCUCUCCCUUGACUUUGUCAUUGUCCAUGAGUGAGGAGAGGCAGGAAACAGAUCUCAGGCAGGAUACCUCUAGGCUCUUUUGAACACUGUGAUAUCAUGGAUUUGAGCACUCAUCUGUGUCCCACCGUUUGAAUGUAAGCUCCAUGGGUCAGGGACUUUGCUAUGUUUUGUUCACAGUGUAUUCUCAGAGCCUGGAACAGUACCUGGCACAUUGGAGGUUCUCAGUAACUGGUGGGUGAAUAAAUGAGGUGGAGGGGAGAGCUAACGGAAUGACAAACUUACAGAGUCUCAGGCAAGAAAUCUUCCUGUGGUUUCUGUGGCAAGUUUCCUUUCUGCUGCAUUUCUUUCAAAGGCAAGAUGUUCUUCGGCAAAGAUGAGAGGCUGCCAGCUUUACCUGGGUGGAUUUUAUGGAAGAUUCUGUGCAAUAGUUACCUGUUUGCAACAGCAGCUUACACAGGGCAGCGUUCUGCAAAAGUCACAUGGGGUAUGGACACGAGGCGUACUGCGUGGCCUGAUUACCCAUCAUUCUAACACCACUACCAUCUGAUAAUAGAAGUUAGAAUAAUUUAUCUUUAACAUUGCAAUAUCUGAUAUCAACUUUAAAAUGCAAAUGAUUCGAAGCCUUGAAAAGCUAUUAGGAAUCUGGUCGACAUUUUUAAUCGAUUGGAAUCUCCUGAAAUGCCCCUCAGUGCUGUACCCAAUAUUCUGGUAAUCUCUGGAACAAUUUUUGUUUUCAAGAAAGAAAAAUUCUGUGAUUGUACAAAAUGAAUGGUAGAAAGUAGAAUAGCUGUUCAAACUACUCAGAUUGUCCAAGCUUUGUUGUUAGAGGACACUCAACAUCGCCGGUCGGGUGCAGGCAUUUGCUCCGUAUCAAGUGUCCACGUGGGGACGCGCGCCCUUCCUUGGGAUGUUCUUAACUCUCAACUCUAAUGCAUCACGCAGAGGCUUGGAGAGGUUACUGGUUUUGUGUUAACCGCACCCUUGGAAGGAAAUCUCAUCUGUUGGUAGUCAAAACCAUGAGCCGUUCAUCUCUUAUGUACUAACUUGGGAAAUUGUAAUAGCUCAUGAAUGAACAGUCUCCCAGCUGAGAGCAGCAGGCAAAGCAGCCUUUCUGCAGAUGUCAGGCCACGAUACACUGUGAACCAGACCUGCCUACCCAUCGGAGGAACCUGCACUUCCUCCUGUAUCUCCUCGCUCCUUAUUCCCUUGGCCUCUGUCCCCAAGCAGAGCACCUCCUUAUUAUAUAAUCCAUUUUAGAGGACAAGAAAAGAGUUUCUGAAAAAAUUAGGCCCCUACAACAAAUUUUCAGUUUACCUUACUCUUCUAAGCUACUGACAAAAUAUGAUUAUUUUUUGACAGAGGUAAUCGUCUUUUUAACAUCCCUGAUCUGAUAUGGCGCUUGAGCAUUUUCUGAUGUCUGUCAUCCUAUGUAGCAGGGGGCAAAGAGGAUCCUUCACGUCUUCCCAUCUCUCUCUGGAUAAAAUGAGCAAAUGCUAAAGGACUUUAAGUUUGCUUAUGAAUACAUUUUUAUUUCCCUGGAAGAUCCUCUGAGGCCAAUUACUACUGGCACUUUGGAGGUUUAAAAUGGAUGGACCUUGAGAAAUUCUUGAAUCUAGAAAUUCAUGAGAAAAGGAAUUCAUCAGCAUCUCUCAGAAAGUUGCAGAUGAAAAGUCAGUGAAUUCACAAUAUUUUAGGGGAGUGGACAGGUACCAUAAAAUGAUAAUGAUUCUCAGUGGCAUUUAAUUCAUAUGUCAGACAGUCCUGACUGACUUAAGAUUGGAAGCAUUCAUUAAAGGAACCAGAUGUUUUAGGACUUAUGUUCUUGUAGGCCAUUUUCUUUUACCUUUCUACUAUUUUUAACUUUAAAAUAGUAAUCACACGUAAGAUAAAUGAAAAUUGGUCAUGCCGAUAUUUGGAAGUUGCAAAGUCAGAGACUAGGAUGGCAAUCCAACCAAAAUUCAGGCUCACUUACUCUUUCCUAUCCCCAAGCAGCUAUAGUCCUUUACUUUACUCUUAAUAAAUGCAUGUAAGUGAAUGUCACCCUAAAUCUGCUUGACUCCAGGAAAUAGAACAUCAUGCUCUCCUAAUGUAUAUCUACUUGGAUUUCUUCCCACAAAAUAAUCUGGGCCAAAGGUACUGAUAUUCUCCUAAACCACUCUAAAACUUCAUACCAAAGUAUUGCCGUUGGACUACCUACCACUGACACACAAAAAAAAACCCCACAAAGAAUUGGCAAUGAGCAUCCAUUCAGAAUAUAUUGAUAUUCUGGACAGAACUCAAGCUCCUAGCCUCACCUCUACUGCAGCACAUGGCACACCAAGGCCGGGUCUCCUGUUUUUGUAAAUAAAGUUUGAUUUGAACACAGCCACAUCCAUUCAUUUACAUGCAUUCAUGACCAAAUGAUCUGCAAAUCCUAAAAUAUUCACCACCUUUAAGAAAAGCCUACCGAUCCUUCCUCUAGUGAGAGCAGAGAAUGUCCAGACAGAGGACCUCAACCAAACAGAUUUGGAUGAAGCCUGAUCUCCUCCUUAACAAGGUUUCCAAGUGUCCCUAUCCCAGAGCCCAACAUUCUACAGCAGAUUUAGCUCUAAUAAGGUCAAGUCCUUUCAGAAAUAAAAUCAUGUGAUUUUUGGUUCUGGAAAGAGAUGUUGUCAGCUAAAGCAGGCUUCUCCCAGCUGGGCAUUCAUAAGCACACAUGGUUGACGAUGUUUGUAACUAAGGUGUUAAAAUGAGGAUGGAUAGGCUGAAGGGUUUGUAUUCAGAACUGUGAACCCAGGAGACUCAGUUUCCCGUGAAUUUUCCCUUUGUGAAGCAUUGGAAAUGAUGCAUGUAUCCAUUCUCUGCCUCACAAUCAAUGCUCUCUGUGCCGGGUUCCUUAAAUGCUUUUUUUUUAAAUGUAAAUAUUCAUUAAUUAAAUAAUUAAAAAGUGUGAAAUUA